AAAGACCGAAUAGAGUGGGAUAUAUUAGAAGGUCUACGAGAUGGACAGAAAUGUGAAGACAAACCUGAUAAACACCAAGGUUUCUUGAUGAAACGAAGAAAAUGGCCUUUAAAGGGAUGGCACAAGAGAUUUUUUAUGUUAGAAAAGGGAAUACUGAGCUAUGCCAAAAGUCCCAAUGAUAUAUUAAAAGGCAAGUUACAUGGUGUAAUAGAUAUAGGAUUAGCUGUUAUAACAUAUAAACGUAAACGACUUAGACUAGAUAUAGAUGCUGAGGAACAGGUUUAUCAUAUCAAGGUUAAAGAUAACAGAGGAUUUGAUGAAUGGCUAGUCAGACUACGACACCAUAGACUCUACAGACAACAUGAAAUAGCAUAUGGUACUAAAGAGACACCUCGAUUGACAGAGAUUACCUCCCCUACUGAAGAUACAGUCAUUAGUCCUCUAGCUUCUGCCAAUUUUGCUGAGAAGAGUCGUAGUUUAAGUUUAAAGAAAGAAAUAAUACGACAAUCUAGUUUUAAAACUUCAGUUGGUCAGACUCGUGUAGCAGCCUGGGUUUUAGAUACAGCUGGCUUUGAAAAGUGCAAUAAAGGUUUAGCAGAAGCCCAGUCAACUCUGUAUGAACUAAGAGAUCUAUUAGAAGAACUGCAGAAUUUGCCGUUGUCUGGUGACACUAAUAUAGAGAAUAAUGCCACGCCCACGUUAAAUUUAAUAGUACCAGAACGGAUGCAGACCAGUACCUCCAACCCUAAUCUCUUGUCUUCAAAUAAUGAACGUCUUCGACCUGUCAGUAUGCCAGAAACUAAUCUUCUCCCUUCACAUCAACUCAGAAUACAAGAAAUUAAAUUACGCGAAACUUUUAUCAACAAGGCUGAUAGAGUUCAUGGUAAUUUAAAAAAUUUAAUACAUCUGAUGGGAACAGAAAGAGAGAGAUUAAAGAGCACUAUAGAAGCAGAUGCUGGUAAUUCUUCAAUGACAGCUAAUACACCUGGUAACUCCAACCAAACAGCUGCUAUGUUACGUCAACGACUAGCUGAGAGUAAUCAACAGAAUGCUGAAUUACGAGCUAGACUGAUUCGUAUUGGUGCUGAAUGUAAUAUAAAUAAUAUUAUUGGACCACCACCUCUCUCACCACUGCCUUCACCACCAGUUGUUCAUGUAAGUUUCUUUCUGAACUUGAUACUGUACUGUGCUUUAUCAUCAUCUAUGUCGGCUGAGAGUUUCUCUAUGUCAGAAUAUUAUGAUGCAGAAGAAAAUGUAGAAGCUAUGAGUGAGAGUUCGUCUGAAGCAUCUGAUGAAGAAGAUAUUUCCAGUGAAGUGUCAGAAGAAGGCAAUGAUACAGGCAUUACUAGUGGUACGUCUUUCAAAAAAUUUAUGUCAGAAGAUGUGAUGUUAAGUUCAACGUUUCCUACUGGUAGAAGAUCCAAGUUACCAGUACCCAAACCUGAUUCUGGUGAUAUCAGUCUAUGGAAUUUAUUAUAUAAAAAUAUUGGUAAAGACCUGACGAAAAUAUCUAUGCCAGUUACAUUAAAUGAACCACUGAGCUCCCUACAGAGACUAUGUGAAGAAUUAGAGUAUAGUGAUUUAUUAGAUAAAGCUUCAGAAUAUGAUGAUCCUUAUGAGAGAAUGAUAUACGUAGCUGCGUUUGCAGUGAGUUCUUAUGCAAGUUCUUUUUAUCGUGCUGGUCACAAACCUUUCAACCCCCUACUGGGUGAAACGUAUGAGUGUAUCAGAGAAGAUAAAGGCUGGAGAUUUAUAGCUGAACAGGUCAGUCAUCAUCCACCUAUAUCAGCUUGCUAUGCAGAUUCCAGAAAUUUUAUCUUGAGCCAAGAUAUGAGAGUAAAAACAAAGUUUUGGGGAAAAUCUAUGGAAAUACAACCACUGGGAACAGUUAGUCUAAUCUUGCCUAAAUAUAAUGAUUAUUAUCAGUGGAAUAAAGUGACAACCUGUGUACAUAAUUUAUUGGGUGGUCAACGAUGGGUAGACCAAUAUGGUGAAAUGAAAAUUACUAAUGGUGAUGUAGUUUGUAAAUUAACUUUUACCAAGGCUAGUCAUUGGUCAUCUAAGAAACAUGAAGUAUUUGGUACAAUCAGUACAGGAGAUGGUAAAGUGGUUCACAAUAUAUUUGGUAAAUGGAAUGAAGGAUUAUUUUGUGGUCAUGGAUCUUCUGCUACAUGUAUCUGGAGACCAGGUUGUAUGCCCGAAGAUUAUGAGUUAUAUUAUGGUUUUUCAAGAUUUGCUAUUGAACUAAAUGAAAUAGAUCCAGAUCAAUCCAGAUUUUUACCUCCAACAGAUUCCAGAUUUAGACCAGAUCAGAGAAUGUUAGAAGAGGGAAGAAUACAGGAAUCUGAGAGUGAGAAGUCUAGAAUAGAACAGUCACAGAGAGAAAGAAGAAAACGUGAUGAAAAAGAACAUUUACCAUUGUGGUUUAGAAAACGUGGUAAUGGUGAUAAUUUUGAGUUUAACAGAAAAUACUGGGAAACAAGGAAAGAUCCUGGAUUUAAAAAUAUGUCAUUUGUGAAACUAUGGUGA